GUCAUGGCAGCGCCCAGCUUGGCUUCACAGGUUGGGUUUUGCGAGAGGAGGGUUGGGCUGUUGCAGGUGUCAGGACGCGGAAGUGUCAGGUUCACACACAAUUCGGUUGUUCGGUGUCUGUAAUACCUACUGAGGGCAGCAUGGACGACACCCUGUUUCAGCUAAAGUUCACAGCAAAACAGCUGGAAAAGUUGGCAAAGAAGGCAGAGAAGGAUUCCAAGACAGAGCAAGCCAAAGUGAAAAAGGCUCUUACGCAGAAGAAUGUGGAUGUUGCCAGAGUAUACGCUGAGAAUGCCAUCCGAAAGAAGAACGAGGGUCUAAACUGGUUGCGGAUGGCAUCACGUGUUGAUGCAGUGGCUUCCAAGGUCCAGACAGCAGUCACUAUGAAGGGGGUGACUAAAAACAUGGCUCAGGUGACAAAAGCGUUGGACAAAGCCCUGGGAUCUAUGGAUCUUCAGAAAGUGUCGGCUGUCAUGGAUAAAUUUGAGCAACAGGUUCAGAACUUGGAUGUCCACACCUCGGUGAUGGAGGACUCAAUGGGUUCAGCAAUGACACUCACUACACCGCAGGAGCAAGUUGACUCCUUGAUUGUACAGAUAGCAGAAGAGAAUGGGUUGGAGGUGAUGGAUCAGCUUAACCAACUCCCUGAAGGGGCUUCUUCAGUGGGAGAGAGCUCCACCCGCCCCCAGGAAGACCAACUUUCUCGCAGGUUGGCUGCUUUGAGGAAUUAAACACCUACACUCUGCAGCUCAGUCCCCUUUCUUGAACUUCAGGAGUGCUGGGGUCACUUUAUCACGCUGUGGCCUUCAGAUACCGUUAUGGGAGGAUGCUGUAGCCUUGGCUUGUUCUGCUGCUGUACGGUUUCUCAGCAGUGCUUGAUCUGGAGGCUGGCCUAGCUUGUGGCAAAGUCUCACUGCAGAUCCCUUGCCAUUGGUGGAUCUAGUCUCACUGCAGAUCCCUUGCCAUUGGUGGAUCUGCGAUCCUGCAGAAAAGAUCAGCAUUUCUUUGUCAGUGCUAUGUAACCCCAUUUAAAGUGCAAAUGAAACCUAUUCUACCCUGAACUUCCUGUCUUUGAAUCUGUUAAUUGUAUCUUCGGAAGACUUGACUUCAUAUGAGUUAAGCACACACUGGACCAGGGGAUUAUGGCAUUUGGGAUUAGACACUGAAGAAGCCUCAAUAGGAAAUAUAUAAACACUGAUCAUGUUCAGCAUAGGCCUUUGUGUGCUCAACAAUUCUUCAAAAUAUAACUUUGUAUGGGUCAACUGAGCCAGCACAUGAAAUGCCACUCUGGAGAUGUAAUUUGGCAGGGUAUAUAACAAAACAUUUUGUUCCGUUUCCUUUGUGUAUUCAUUACAAGCACUUCCUUCCCUAUGUUUUGUCAGAAACUAUCUUAUUGGUGUAGAAAUUACUUUUAUAGCAAUUUUGAUUUUAUCCAUUAUUUUACUUGUUGCUAAUUUUGGAUUGUGUUUCUUGUUUAAGCCUUAAAUUGGAAAUUCAUUUUCCUGAUAGAUUCUAUAAAAAACUUAAUUGCCAUAAGUGACGCUCAGUGGUGAAAAGGUAUAGCUUCUUACUAAUGGGUAAAAUCUGCAAAUGUGUCAGUCUGCAACAUUACAAGCCAGUAUCUGCAGCCUUGGUCACACUACAUUUUAUUGUUAUCUGUAUGGCUGCAGUAUGGAUAACUGCAGUGUGUGCAGCUAGAGUGAUUGUCUGGUCUCCAUCUUAUGUGUAGAGCACUAAGAUUCUAUUUGUUUUAUACCCAUUAAAUACUGAUUCAGUUAAAUCCUAUUGCUGCCUUGUGUCCAGUAUCCUCUAAAGUGUUGGAGGAGCGGUGCCAAGUUAACAUAAUGUAGAAGAGAUACCGGUUUACUGGUCGGAGGCGCCUGCAGCAUCCAACAGCUAUACAAUUCACUUGCACAAUAAACUAUCGCCACGUUGUAAAGCUUGUAUAAUUAAAGGGAUAUGAAACAAAACAUUUUUCUUUCGUGAAUCAUACAGUUUUAAACAACUUUCCAAUUAACAUUCUAUUAUCUACGUUGAUUCAUUCUGUUGGAAUCCUUUGUUGAAAGAGUAACAGUGCACUUUGGGAACUAGUUGAACACAUUUUACAAGCUAAUGACAUGUAUAUAAGUGCAGCCACCAACCAGCAGAUCGCUUCCAGUAGUGCAUUGCUGCCUACCUAGGUAUACUUAUAAAGAGAGGAUGCCAAGAGAACAAAGCAUAUUAGAUAAUACAAUUAAACUGGAAAGUUGUUUAAAAUGGCAUUUUCUGUUUCUGAAUAGUAAAGAUUUAAUUUUUUACUUUACUGUCCCUUUAAUAUGAUUUGGUUGCUGUUUCUAUAGAAACCUGGUUUCUAAGGGGUAUCUUUAAAACAGAGGUAGACUAAUACACUUCAAAUUGUAGAUAGUUUUUUCCCUAGGAGUUGGACAAUGGUUUAUGCAUAAUGAUAAUAUGUGCAAUAGUAAUAAACAAGAAGCCUGGAGUAAAAUCUAUGACCUUUUGGGUUUAUCAUGCCCUGUUUUAGGGAUACCCUUUUAAAAACUGUACAAAGUUGGUAUUUUCUGAUACAUUUUUUGCCUUUGUCAUUUUUUGUGUAUUUUUUUUUUCCUGUAAAUUAUCUGGUAAAAUAUUUACUUAUCAAAAUAAAUUCUGUUGAAGCCA